UUGAUUUUACUAUCAGAAUGACAAAUAUUAUUUAAAUUUUGAAUUUUCUUGGCAUGUAUUUGUUUCUAGCUAGAAGAUAUCCUGAUAUUAUAUGAAUCACCAUGGAUUGUAAUGAAGACAGGCUGUGCGCUGAUAGCGAUAGUGAAAAGCUACAGGCCACUCUCGAUAUGAAUAUUCCCGAAGAAACAAUAAUUUCCUCGUAUCAAGUGAGUGAAGCGCCAGUUGUCUUCAAGGAUGCGGCUCAGUUUGAGCAGAUUGAAGACUUCUUUAAUAUUGGUUUGCAUGACGAUGUGGAUUUUCUUAAUCAUUGCGCCACAAGCGACGUAGAAGAUGAUAAAAAUAAGAAGAAUAUCGCGAGCGCCGAUAUUCCUUGGUACGUGGAAGAGGAGACAGUCUUCAAGGUCGACAAUCCAAAGCAAGUGGAGUCUGAGUAUUUCGAUAUAGACUGGGACUUUAGUUUUGGCAAUGCCAAAAGCGACGAUGAUAUCAUUGGGGACUUUGUCAAAAUCGACUUUCCCAAGCCAGAGGAUACGAAUGCAGCUGGCAUUUGCAACGGCGCUAUAGACCUAUCCAAAUUGGAAAAGCUUUUUGACACCUCCGAGAUACUAUCCCUCAAGGAAACGCUCAAGCUAAGCAACUUAGAGGAUGCCCAAUUUCUUAACGAGUUUGACACGCCCAAAGAUGUGGACAUCGACACUCCGAUAAUACCUGAUAUCGAAAUAGACUAUGAUAAUAUUUACGAGAACAUUGGAAAUGCCAGCGAAAUGGAAAAGCAACUGCAACUGCUCUAUCGACCCUUCACUUGCCUCGUUGACGUCAACUGUCGUUUCAGCCUGUACGAAUUGGCGAUUCUUUUAGAUGAUGCUCGGUAUGAGCCCGCUCAUCAUCCGGCAUUGUUUGUUCGUUUGCAUAAUCCCAGCGCCGAAAUCAAGUUGUAUGCAGGCGGCAAGAUACACUCCACGGCCUUGACAGCGAACUCGGCACGCACGGGUCUGCUGAAGAUAAUCCAAAUGGUCGAGGAGCUGGACUAUAAGACGGACAUCACAGACUUCAGCAAGAAUAUUGUACACGCCUCCUUCUGUCUGCCCUUCAAGCUCGAUCUGGAGAUGCUGACCGAGCUGCAUGGCGAACAUAUAUCUGGUAAUCGUGAGACGCGACCCUUUAUAACCUACAAGAUCGAUGGCACUGCUAUCCGAUUUGCUGUAUUCCCCAAUGGCUAUGUGCUCGUCCUGCACUCCAAGCAGCACAGCGAAACCCGUGCGGCCAUAGCCGGCUUCCUGCCGAUCUUGGCGCAGUUUCGAAAUGGCUAUCUAACGCACUCGGAGAAGCACGGCUCUCUGUGUGGCGAUAUCUCGUUUAAGCUGCUGUGGGAGCGCAAGCUCGAGGAGGAUAAGGAGGGUGUCUUACUCUAUUCUUGAGUCAUAUUCCCCGGAUUGUCUUGUUGUGCUUCUUUUCAUGUUGUUCUUUUUUUGAAAAUGCUGUGAACAUUUGUCAUAAACCAAACUUGUGUAGUACGUGCAGUGUUUACACUCCGAAGUUUGGGGCCCACUCGGCAACUUGUUUAAAUACGUGAUUUAUUUACCAGCCAGAUGCUGCUCCUCCGGCUGCUGUUGGUCUGGGUAACUGAAUAUAGGGCUAUGCACAACUGGGAAAGCCACGCCAAACUUGCCAAACACAGGCAGCAACACACACAGAGAGAGAGAGACCGACUCACACCUCCGCAAAUGGCAAAAACAAAACAACACACAAAUUGCAGCAGAAGUUGCAACAACUGUAGCUGCAACAGGCGCAUACAUAAAUAACGCAACAUUCUGCAGAAACACAACUAGUUGAAGAAGAUGUCACAUUAUGCGGGCACAAAACUUGCCUCAAAUACGUUUUAGACGUGCCAAAAGCAUCUACCCAUGGUCAGGCGGCCAGAGCAGUGGGAAAUGUACAGAAAAAAUGA